AUACCACGCGAGAGAGCGAGAGCGAGGGGAUUCCUCGCCGGUGGCUUUUGUGUUGCUCUGGCUUGUCCAUCAAGGAAGCUCGACUGCUUUCCGAGUGUUGCUGUCGCCCUCCCCACACAAAAGGGAGAAAAAGGAGAGAUUGCAGAGUACACAUGGGCAGUGGUGCAGCUCCGAAUCUGGAAGACCAGUCCCAGUGGCUGGUCUUCAAGCUGGAGCAGAUGGGAGGGCAGAUCUAAAAGUCGUAUACAGAAGAAAAGGCGAAGCGUUUCCCUGUUGACCCGCAGGUGAGACGAACGAGCAAAUAGAGUCAAGGAGGAGCGAGAAAGAUAAGAGAGAGAGAGAGAGAGAGAGAGGAGGGGAGAAGAUGCAGUCGGGAUAUGGAGGAGUGUCGGAGAUCCAACAAUUCAUGGUGGAAAGCUGCGGCCCGUCGCUCUUCACCAUCUCCUCAGCAAAUCCCGCCGCAGCGGCAGCCGCUGCCGCCCCCACCGACAUCCACUCUUCAGCUCCGCACCCUCUCAAGUACUACCCGCUCCCCCACCCUCAUCACCCACACGCCCACCACCAGCCGCAGCCGCCGGCGCUGCCGCCCCACUUGUCCCAUUUCCACUCCAUCCCCAUCACCCAGCAGCCCACCCAGUUCCAGCUCUUCCACCCCCAGCAGCAGUACCUGGAGCCGAGGAGGCUGAUCCCGCAUCACCACCUUGGCCUGGAUCAGGAUUCGGCUCCCGAGACCUCCGCGUCGCCCACACGUAUCAUUUCCGGCGGCACCACCGGCGGAGGGCCGUCAUUUUUGGCCGCCGCCAUGAGCUUUAAGCUGGCGGUCAACGAGAGUAGCGGUGGCGGCAGCCGAGAGGGCAUCAAUGACGAUGAUGGCGGCAUCUUGCAAGGAGACGAUGGAUCCGAGAGUCGCCUCCACCAUUGGCAGAGAGAAGAUGAUUCCGCCAUUAAAGAGCUCUCGUGCAAAGAGGUAGCGGAUUCUGAUCAUCUAUCAGCCGCCGGUGGCAGCAAUUACAAGAUCUUCAGUGAACUGGAGGCCAUCUACAAGCCCGGUGGCGGACCCAAUCAGACUGGCUCGGGCUCUGCUCUUACGGGUGACGAGACCCCUCUUUUGCAUGUCACCGCCGCGGCCCCUCCAGGACUACGGACGGCCGAUCGUGUCGGUGGGACGUCCGAAACGUCAGCGGGGGAGGAGGCGCCGGCGAAGAAGGUCCCUAAAGGCAGCGGGAGGCGGAGGAGGAAGUGGCGGCAGAGGCAGCUGAGCUCGGUGGUUGCCUUCUUCGAGAACCUCGUGAAGCAGAUCAUGGACCACCAGGAGGGCCUCCACAUGAAGUUCUUGGAGGUGAUGGAGAGGAGGGAGCAAGAGAGGACCAGCCGCGAGGAGGCAUGGAGGAAGCAGGAGGCGGCUAAGUCCAGCCGCGAGGCUGCUGCGAGAGCCCAGGAACGCGCUCUCGCCUCCUCCCGCGAGGCCGCCAUCAUCUCCUUUCUCGAAAAGAUAACCGGCGUGAGCCUAAACCUCCCUUCCAAACUCCAGUCUCCUGACGUUGACGACGACAAGGAGGAGAACGUCAACAACAUCGGCAACCUCCAAAUCGAGACCUUCAACAACAAUGGGAAUCCAGAUAGCAACAAGGUGAUGUUCAACACGAGUAGAUGGCCGAAAGCGGAGGUGCAGGCACUGAUCCGCGUCCGGAGCGGGCUUGAAUCGAGAUUCCGGGAGCCGGGGCUGAAGGGGCCACUGUGGGAGGAGGUGAGCGGGACGCUGGCCACGAUGGGCUACCACCGGACCGCGAAGCGGUGCAAGGAGAAGUGGGAGAACAUCAACAAGUACUUCAGGAAGACCAAGGAAAGUGGCAGGAAGCGGCCGCAGCACUCCAAGACCUGCCCAUACUUCCAACAGCUGGACCAGCUUUACUCCAAGUCUCUCACCAACAAGCCUCAUCCUUCCUCCGCUUCCCCCACUACAAAUGUAGCCACUGUUCAUGCGUCCGGAGCCAGUAACGAUCAAGGGAAGGAUAACUCCGAGCUACUCGAUGCGAUCGUGGUGCCGGCCGACCACCAGAGCUUCAAAUUCUCCGACAUGGGCGGCUUAAGGUUCGAUUUCAACAACAGCAAAGGUGACGACACCAACCAGACUGCUGCACGUGACCCUAUGGAGAAUAACGACGAAGCAGAUGAGGAAGAGGAGGACGACGAAGAGGAAGCAGAAGCAACAGAAGGAGAAGGGGAGAGCCAAGGCCAAGAAAACCUCAGCGGGCGACGGCAUCAGCUCGACCAAGAGGAGGACGACCUACGUGAUUCAAGCCUCUUCUUCCAGCGCCUCCAAUCCUGAAGGGAAACCCCAAUGUAGCUCAGCAGCAACAUAGUACUCCACCAUGACCAUUUCUUUGUCCUCUCUCACUCUCUAUCUCUCUAAACUUGCAUUAAUGCUUUUACAUUCUUUUUCGAGCAGUAAUAGCUGAAUAAUUAUGAGUGCAUAAUCAUCCUAUCAUGCAGAAUCUAAUUAUAGCUGUACUUUUGUGAUUCUCAUUGUCAUGCUACUACUACUGUUCUACCUUCUCACCCAUCCCACAUGCGGUUGAAGACAAGAGCAAUAUUCUCUCUCCUUUUUCUCCA